AUGGCCAUCAUCAAAGUCGGUUCUUCUUCGACGCACAAGUUAGAUGAGCUUCCUCGUCACGACCUUUUCCACGACAUUCCGACGCAUUGUAUUAUUCCCAAGAUUAAGAUUUUGGCAACUAGCUCAGGAAGAAGUUGUUCGCUUGGAUGGAAAUCAUUUCCCACACUUGAAGAUGUCCAUUUACGUGGUUUCAAAGAUGAUGGCACGGUCAGUUUGCCAAAGGAGUUGACUGAAUUAUUAUAUAGAAUUAAGGAAGCAUGCUUUUCCUAUGGCAAUUACCGAAAUUACUAUGGCUACCGGGUGGGUCAAAAAUUGGUUGAAGAUCCUCGUUUAAAGGUUUUCAAGAAAGAAUGGUUUGAAGGCAAGGAUUGCCUGGAUAUUGGGUGCAAUAAUGGGAUAGUUACCAUCCAGAUAGCUAGAAAGUUUAAUUGCCGGAGUAUUCUUGGUGUUGAUAUUGACUCUGAUCGAGUUGACGAUGCUUAUUGGAAUCUUAGAAGGGAAAUAAGACUGAGUGAUGGGAACCCUGAUAAUGGUUUGAAGUGCCGUGCUUCCAAAGCUUCAAGGAUAGACUUAGUAGAAGCUUCUACAAGUAUUUCUUCUUCCAAAGAACAUGAUCUUCAUGCGGUUGUCUCCUUCAAACGGCAGAAUUUUAUAUUCAGUCACCAUCCACCGGACCAGCAUUAUGAUACAAUUCUUUGUUUGAGUGUGGCAAAGUGGAUUCAUCUUAACUGGGGAGAUGAUGGCUUGAUUACAUUGUUUUCCAAGAUUUGGAAACUGCUUAACCCGGGUGGCAUUCUUGUUUUGGAGCCUCAACCUUGGAAGUCUUAUGAAGCCAACUAUAGUGUUUCCGAGACUACUAAAAUGAACUUCAGGACUAUAAAGAUCCUUCCAGAAGAUUUUCAAGAAAUACUCCUAGACAAGAUUGGAUUCAGAACAGUUGAAGCCUUAAACAUUGGCUUGGCCGACGGCAAUUCAGGAGGAUUCAAUAGACCAAUUUUAGUUUUCCAGAAGUAAAGUGUAGUAAUAUAGACAUCUGAACCAAAUACAGAGGCCAUCAGCUGGUCUUUUUCUUUCUUUUUUUUUUUUCUUUGACGAGUGGACGAGUGGGGUUGGGAAGAUUGGAUCCCAACUUUUGAGUUCUUGAAUCAAGGGUAUAUUUUGUGACUCCACAUUGGAUCCGUUGAGUGGGUGUUUUGGAAAGAAGGGUGCAGUUAGUAGUGAGAUGGGAUCUUUCAACUCAUGGAUAGGCGUCUUUUGAAGGGUUGUUGUAAGCUUCUUCUAGUUUUUGUUGUUUACGUAAAUUAUACUUUAGUUAAUGAUUUGAUCGCUUACGUAUAUUACUAAUUCAUGCACUCUUUUUCUAUCA